GAUCUUGCGAUAUGAUAGAACCCAGAAAUUUGAAGGUUUCUACUGUUGAUACUGUGUUGUCAAGUAUUGUGAGAGGUGGAAGUAUGGAAGGGUUUUUCCUAAAGUCUACCACCAUUUCUACGGUUUUGAGUGUGUUCAGUUCCAGAUUGUUUUGGUUGCACCACAAGGCUAGUCGUUCGACCUCUCGUCUAUAUGCGGAUUCGUCAUUGUCUCGAAUGAGACCAACCACUGUUGUGUCAUCUGCGAACUUCAGUAGCUUAACAGAUGGAUCAUUGGAGAUGCAGUCAUUGGUAUACAGAGAGAAGAGAAGUGGGGAGAGCCCACAGCCUUGGGGGGGCCCUGUACUAAUUGUACAGGUAUUUGAUGUGAUCUUGCUUAGCUUCACCUGCUGCUUCCUGUUUGUUAGGAAGCUUGUGAUCCACUUACAAGUCUGUUCCGGUACCUGUAGCUGGUUUAGCUUAGUUAGAAGAAUGUCUGGAAUGAUGGUAUUGAAUGCUGAACUAAAGUCUACAAAAAGGACCCUUGCAUAGGUCUUUGGAGUUUGGAGUUUUAUAGUUUGCUAAGCCAUAAAACAUACCUUGUAAAAUAAUAACUGAGUUUGGAAAAUACACACAAAAAACCUACUGUGGUACAGUGUCAUAUGAUACUUUAUUUUAAAAUAUUCUAAACUGUCUAAACUAAAGGCUUUUCUCCUAUAAAUUCAUGCAAAGGAUUAAUCCUUAAAAAUUAAUACCACUGGUGUUGGUCAAAAUGCAAAGAUGCUCAUUUGCAAGGUGAUCUGGUAUCUGACCCCUAACUUUUCAUUUCUGAUACAUUCUGCUUUGAACUGGUUUCACUCAUGCUAUUGAUCAUAAUUUACCAUUGGUUUCUUACUGCAAUGCAAUGCAAUGCAAUUGCCAUUCCAUGCCACACCACGCCACACAAUAUUAUACGAUACAUUUUUGUAGAUUAGUCAUCUGACAAGAUAAAAAAUACAAAAAUAAUACAGCAAAACCAAUAGGACAUAGUCAUAAUUAACUCUGGAUAAACCAUAACUGUCUAUGUGUACGCACUCAUUAAAUACUAAUCAUGGCUGACAAAUCCUAGCCUGGUUGGCAUAAUAUGAAUCAAAUCAAAUUACAUUGUAACUGAGCCAUAGGUAUAUGGCACAAAUAAAAAGAUGCCAAGGUAACAUCAUGCAAAGGACAGAGAUUUUGGAAUAUGCAUAAUUUGUGGAAUGUUAUCAUGGUGCUUGUUAGUCAGCCACCCCCUACCUUUUCUUCUAUAGAUCCUAUAGACUAAGCAUAAAGUAUAAACCAAUGUUUCAUUUUAUUUAUUAAAUUUUUAUCCUGCCUUUAUUUAUUGCAACUCAAGGCAGUGUGAGUAUUGCUCCUGCUCCUCCUCUUUUUCCCAUAAUAACUAACAUGUGGAUUAAGAUAAGAAACCGUGAUAUUCUUCUUAAAAGCAGUACCUCUACCACUGAAGGCCAACUUUGGGCGAUUAGUGGACUUCCUUGUGUACAUGGUUGGUUCUGUAAGAACAGGAUACUGGAACAAGUGAGCCAGGACGCAAUCCAUCAAGGCACUGACUGUGUUCUUCUGAUUGGCUCAGAGUCACUUAGCUAGCUUCCAUGCCUAAAAUUAGAACUCACAACCGAAUCCAGUACGUUAAUUGCUGCCUCACACUGGCUCUCGACAAUAUACUGUAUACUUGUCAAUUAUAUACCAUUGCCCCUUAAUUUAUAAUGAAUUAUAUAGGUACAAUCAUUUCACGGUUAAGAAAGUUAAUUUCCAUGGAAAUAUCUGCUUAAGAUUGCAUACUUCGUAAGGAGUAUCCUCUAUUGAAAUUAAUUGGGCAAAUUUUACUACACAAUGUCCCUUUUGAUCGUUUGUUUUAAUAUUAUCCUAUCUAAACUUUUAAGGGAAACUGGUCUUUGUCAUGUUCCAUGUUCUGCUGCAAAAGUAUGAGACAUUUUUAGAAUUAAAAGUGUUCCAACAACCUAAAUAUAGCAGAACAAAGAUAAGUGGCUUUAACUGCGUCUGUGAUUAGUCUACUCCUACUCCCUGGAUUAAUCCAAGGACCAGUUGCUAAACUACAAGUGUUAAAUAUAAAUAAAACCAAUAGAUUUCCCAUGGGCAUUCAUUGAGGAAGGGGGCUAAAUGCAUUUUUAAAUCUAUUUCUUGAUUUUGGAACAGGAAAUUGACAGAACAGACAGGUAGGGUCUGAUUUCAUAACAAAUAGAUAUUACUUUGAGGGUCAGACUGCAGGCUGCUAUAAUCAUGCUUCUAAAAUAAGUAUAGCUUUUCUUUUUAUUUUAAAUACUUAUUUGAAUCACUACCUUGUUCCUCUUUUGUUCUUUCACAAAUGUUUCCAAUAAACAGUUUUUCCGUCAAAAUAAAAGUUUAUUAUCCAGAUUUACAAUCCUUUUCCAUCCCCCCUGAUCUCCUUUUUCAAAAAUAAUACUUUACAGCAGAGUUUUUAUGUCUCAAGCACUUUAAGAUGUGUGGACAUCUCCUGGAAAUCGCAUUUUGAAGUUAGUGAAGUUGAGAAAUAUCGCUUUAUACUAUCAUAUGACGUAAUAAAUGCAAAGUGAUUCAUUCAUCCAGGCUGAUAUUCUUUUAUCACCAUACAUACUCAAUAUGAGAAUAGGUAUCCGUGAUCCAUUAUAUCAAACAUGGGUUGAACAGGAUUGCCUCCGUUGCGAUGAGAAAUUUAAUGAAAAUGAAAACAGUUGGUCACAAAGUAUCUGUCUGGAACCCUUUCUAGAAUCCUAUUAAUUUAAAUAAGAUGCUAACUAAAGAAAGUGAUACAAUAGCUUUCCUCUGCCUGGUUUCUUCCAUAGGUGCCCCUAUUCAUGCUCAGUUCCAUGUGAACAAUGUAGGAUGAUCCUGUACAUCUACAGUUGGAGAUCUACAGGACAGUGCUGUAAGAAUAGGCCACCAGGCAGGCACAAAAUGAAGGCACAAGUAUCAACAAACUUGGACGAAUGUGAAUUGGGGAGAAGUAAAAAACAAAUAAACAUUAGUAACAGUCCAAUGAAGACAGUGAUUGAGGUUUCCAAGGUCAAAAUUGCUGUCUCAUUGCAAUCAGCAACUAAGGCCUUAAUCAAACCAGGCAUUAGAAUCCUAGGAAGACAAGUUAUACCUGAAACCGAUAGGGUCCGUCAGGUAUCUGGGGUGGACCUGUGGGAAGAAAUAACUCCAAAGGGAUCAAAGAACGAUUGGUCCAUGGCAAAGAACUAAUAGGAAUAGCCACCAAUUCCUAAUCACACCACUAUUGCCAAGAGAUGUUUGUUUGUUUAAUUUAUUUAGCCAGCUAGCUAGCAAGCAGAGACCAGGUCUAACGUGUGGCCUCCAUUGUGAGUCAGGCCAGAGAUAAUUUGAGUCAGGUCCAUGGUUGCCAUGGUUCCAUGAACUCUCAAGCUGCCUCGGAGUCUGUGCUCAAAGAUAAUUGAAAUCCCCCAGGACCAAAUCCCCAGGGUACUCCAUCUCCAAAUUGGCCAUGGAUUCCAGCAGCUUUGAUAGGAAAGUUGACUUGCAUCAAAGAAGUUCUGAUUUUUGCAGCCCCAUUUCACAAACAAUGCUUCUUCGUACCUGGCAAUCUGCCCAUGAAAGCUACUAAAGUUUCUUGGAUCAUGAUUGCUACAUCUUCAACUUGAGCCUGGCUCAUGGUUAAUGCACAAUACCCAGCUGAAUCCAUAUGCAAGAGAGGAACAUCUCCUUCCCUUCUAGGCCGAGCCAGAUUUUGCUAAUCUAGACAAGGUCAGCCCUCUGAUUCCCAGUUAAAUUGGGAAUCAAGUUUUACUGAAGGCUGACUGUGCAUUUAAGCAGCAGAGCUAAAAACCAGGAUCUCUGGAAUGCUGAUGGCCAGGUAGUCCAUAAGGGACUGGACACAUCGAGGCCACCUGCCAUACCUGCUUCUACCUGUCGUUACUAAUAACCUGACUACUGUUUCUCCUCCAGCCAUCCAGUCUCCCGCUCCAACCAAACUACACACCAUACCAUCAGAAAGGUACAUACCGGCCACAGACAUGAUUCUGCCUUACACACAGCACUUCGUUAUCUAGGCACUAGAUAAACCACUCACAUUCAACUAUCCAGCCACUCAUUGCCUCUCACUCAGAUGAAGGAAAAGUUACCCACAACCCACUGCUACAAUCCUUGCUCUCACCCAAGAGGAAACAGAAGCAUCCCAAGGUAACAAUCUCCCUCCAAUCAUAAUGUUGCCUAGGAUUUGCAGAAUCCCUUCAUUUUACAUUUUCAAGAAAUAUUCUUACAGUUUACAUAGGAAUCUUAAGUGAUAUAAGAGUCUAAAGAGUCGUAGGCCAAAUAUCUGGAAUUAUACUGCACAGUCUGAUUUUUUUAAAGUUUCCCCUCUGUUCACAAAAAGCAGCUAUAUUUCUGUCUCCUUGACAUCUUAUAGAAUACAAUCAAAGUGAGUGAGUACAGAGAGAAAGUUGGGCAUAUAUGUGAAAGAAAAAUAUAUGGAGCGUGGAGAGAGAAUGGAGAGAUAAGAAACAGAACAGUUUUAUAUAUCUCUGUGUUGUGGACAUUUGCAGCAACGUUCAUUGUCUUCCUUUCUUAAGCUAUUUUAACGACCACCUGAUUUUUCUGCUUAUGAGCUAUUGAUGGGUCUUUGAUUUCUCUGCUUUUUGAUCUUUCUUUGAUCUUCAUACUAGGUCUUAUGGGACAAUUUUUCAAAAUUGCUUUGAAGUAGAAGACUAACCUCUGACCAUCAUCCGUAACAAGAUAACCGUAGAAGCUAGCAGGAACCUUGUUCCUGAAUAGGAUACCUCCAGGAAAUAUAUAUGGUUGUAUACUGGAUUGGGAAGCUGGAAACUGUACCAGGAGACAAUGCCAACUCACAUUUGUAAGAAUGUGAAGAAAAUUGCAUUGAUGUAAACCUGAAGUCACCAAUAAUCAAACUUUCUAAGCUAUACUUUGUGCACAAGUGCGCCUUAUUGCAAAUAUUAGGAUACUUAGACAAUUUAUUAAAAAAACAGUUUCAUCAUUUUACUGGCCAAAUGCAUUUAAUGUCAAGGCCAGUAGAAUGUUAACUGACAGCUGAAUCUCAGAAGCAGGAACAUUUUCUAGCAUAUCAACAUUGCUAAAUGAAUUUGUGGCUUCAUUUAGUGCUCUAGAGUUCAUGCACAAUGCAGGAGGGCAGCAUGAAAAAUUCCUUAAUAUUUGAUUGAUUAUGUGCCAUCCAGUCAUUUUUGACUCCUAGCAACCAGAUAGAUAGAUUUUCUCCAUGGCGAUUUAUCCCUAGCAUGUUUUUUCAUGUCUCCUUGUGUGUUCUAUGCCUGGCAUAAAUAUGCAUGGUUCAGAGAUGGAAGAUUUUUUGUUUGUUUGCCCAAACCUAUAUGCAACUAAUGCUAACAAUCAUAUUUACUUCUAUUACAAAUAUACCAAUCAAUGCCUCUUCCCUCUUUUUUUGCCUAAUAUUUUGCUAUUGAAAAAGAGCCAUUUUUUUUGCCCUGGAUUUAGUCUAUCAAAGAUCAACCAGUGAGUGCUGAAAACAGAGAAACCAAGGUAUAAAUACGUUUCUAAUCUUACAGAAAAUGCCACUGCUCCAGUUACAGGUCUCUGAUUCCUUCCUCCUCUCUUGUUCACUCAAGUUGCCUGUUGUUCUUCUUCAAGGCUAAAGUCCAAGGAAGCUCUUAGCUAAUCACUUGACAAAGAGCUCUUUGUGAUGGGUUCCUCUGGGGAAAUCUGACUCUCUUCUCCCAUCUAUAGAAGCUGACAAGGAUCUGGAGCGCAGGAGCAUAGAUCUCCAUUUCUUUUCUGUGGGCUUUGCAAGUGCGCAGCAAGAAUAAUUUCUGUUGCAGGCCUCUUAGAAAUGUACCUCUUGUUUAUACCUGCUCUUUUCUUCUCUGUUCAUGGGGCUGAAACAUCCAAGAUUUGCCCCCAUCUAUGCUUCUGCUAUGAAUCCUCCAAUUUUGUGGACUGUCACAAUCGGCACUUGGCCCAUGUUCCUCACGGCAUCCCUCACAAUACAUGGAUGCUGAACUUGAGACACAACAACUUGAGUGUGCUAGAGGUAGGCUACUUUGAUGCUUUGUGGUCUUUGAAGAUCCUUCUUCUGUCCCACAAUUCCAUUGCAAAGAUUUGGCCCCAGACAUUCACGUCCCUGAGUUUCCUGGAGAAGAUGGACCUCAGCUACAACCUGCUUGCUCGCUUACCACAUGACUUCUCAAAUGAGUUGACCUCCCUGAAGGAUCUUAAGGUGGCCCACAACUGUUUGAUAGCUUUGGGUUUUGAAAGCUUGCAGUAUAUGGAGAACUUGGAGAAGCUGGACUUGAGCCACAAUCUGGUCUCUUCGAUUGAGAAAGGGACUUUCCGAGGACUCUCCAGGCUCCGACAUCUCUACCUUCAGUCUAACAGGCUUACAGUUAUCUAUAAUGGCUUCUUUUUUAUGCUGCAGAACCUGGAAGUUCUUUUGCUUAACAGGAACAACAUCAGCUUCAUUGAAGUGGAGGCUUUCACUUCCUUACAUAACAUGAAUUUUCUGGCUUUGACUGGCAACCGGCUCAUCCACCUAAAAUUUAAGACUUUCCUGAAUAUCCAAACAGUCAGCACCCACAUCCAGCUGGCUGGUAACCCAUGGGCCUGCGACUGUGAUCUCCAAAGGGUUUUUGGCAAAAUCACGAGUGUUCGGCACCUUCAUGUGGAUGAUUAUGAGAACCUCACCUGUUUCAGCCCUUGGCAAUUAGCUGGCUUGCCUCUUGUUUCUGUGGACAGUCAGCUCUGCAUGGCAGAGACAGCCACUGUCUUGGUGAUCACAGUCACUGUCCUGGUGACAGUGAUCGCUGCCAUUGUGAUGGCAGAAAGGAACAGGAAGAAGAAUCAGGAGAAGAACUGGAAUGAAUUGGAAGGGCCUUUUGACUCGCAGGAGAAAUAAGACAAGGGGCAAGAAAUAGUCUUUUGGUGGUUUUCAAAUGUUGUUUUACUAUGAUUCUUUAAACCUGAUCUAAAAUUCCAAAUUCUGCUUGGUUUGUUUUUUUGUUUUUUUUUAAGUCAACUUGGCUAAAAUUCCAGAUGUGCUGGAAUUGCUCAUGGCUCCAUGGGCAUCCACAGCAGGGGCAAGAGAUGUCGCGUGCAUGACGACAUCAUUGCACAAAUCGUGUACUUUGCAUCAGUCAUGUUGUGCCUAUUACAUAAUAUUUUUUGUGCUUUCUAUUUAUGUAUUUAUUUGAUUUAUAUUCUGCCUUUCAUUCAAGGUGACAAACAGAUGUGUUUUCUUCUCCUAUUCCCUCCCCAACAAUAAUCCUAUGUGCUAGAGCUAAAUGAGAGAACAGCUGGCCCAAAGACACCUGAUAGGGAAUGGCUUUGAAGGACAGGAGGAAGACCUUCCGCCAAGGCAGCAAUCAGACAAGUGGGUCUUGAGUUUAUCCCCAGAAACUAAUUUGAGAAAAUGUCUCAUAGAAGCUUCUUUCUGAUUUACACCAAGAUAAAUGAAGGGGAGGGAAGCACAUGCAGAGUUGCAAGUUUUUGUUGCUAUUGCUGUUCCAAUGAAAGUAGUUUUAGACCUAUGGAGCACUGGUUUCUUGGUCUGCUCUACCUUAUAGGCUCUCACCCAGAGAUCUUCCCUGAUAAGGGUGGAGUAGAGCCCGGGUUUGUUUUCUUCCGUACCUUCCCUAGUAUAUCACCCUUAUUUCUCUGUGAUGCGAAUUGUGCUAAUAUGACGACAUAUCAUGUCAUCAUGGCUUGUACUGGAUAAUUGGUUUUGGAUUCAAUGAACGAAUGAACGAACACAUCAAACGUUUGUUAAUUAUGGCACUUCCUGGAGAGAAGGAGUCUUACAACAAUUAUUUGUGCAUUGGCAACCUCUGGUGGAGAAUUCAGCAAUAAUGUAAGUAUAUUAUGGAGCUGCCUUGAAAAUGCUCUCAGAAUUUCAGUCAGCUACAGACGGUGUUGGGGAAGGGACAGCUAAUAGCAACCAUUUUUUACUCUGUAGUCGCUUGACACUAGUGCUCUGCAAUCAGCACUGCUGGCCCUUGCCACAUUUUUUGCCACAAGCUAAACUCAAAAGUGCUGCUUAGCCUUCAAAGCAUUUUAAGGCUUAGGCCCAGGUUAUCUGAAGAAGCAUCUCUUUCCCCCUGUUCUCCUACAUGGGCUCUUCUACCAUUAGGCAAAAUCUCUGGCAGUUGCCCAUUUAAAGAUAUGAAGUGAGCGGCACCUAGUGGGGAAGAAGAGUUAGUGCAAGGUUAAGGUUUUGGACUAGGAGUAGAAAGCCUCAGUUUCUAAUCUUCCUUCAGCCACUGAGGCCCUUUCUAGAUGAUUUUGGCUGAGUCACUCUCAGCCACCUCACUUCACAGGAUUGUUGUAAUAGCAAGAAAUAGGAAGAAAGGCUAUGCAUGUUGCCUUGAGGAAUGACUAGUAUCAUGAUAGUUCUCAUGAUCAACUUCUUUUCUCUGAAUCAGUUAUUCCUGGGUAUAUUGGAAUAUUAGUCCAACAUACGCGAAGAGUAAAAAGUUGGGAAAUUUUGACUGGGAGCUAAUGAUAUAUUAUUAUUUAGCUCCUGAUAUGAACACACCAGCACCUAUUUGAUCUUCCCUAAUGUAGGGUGGGCUGAGAAGUCCAGUGUCACCUCACAAAUUGGGAGUCAACUAUGGUCUUGCUGAACCCUUGGCUAAAGCGGACAGUACUCGCAAAAAGUAUAAUAUAGAUGACUCAGGGCUGUUCUUGUACCUACCCUGGCAACAGGGUCUAAAUCUUCAUUGCUAAACUUCCCCAUCUGUUUCACAGGACCUCAAGACCUCAAGCCCCUGUUUUCCUUCCCCCAUCUCUUCCAUCACUGCAAAACACUGGCCACACAUUGAAGCAGAUUUCCCCCCCCAGCGCUUCACUGAUCACAAGCACUGUGUUUCUGGAAACCUCAAUUUUCAUUUCCAAUCGUCUUUUGGAGGAAAUUGGAAACUGAAGAGGCACUCAAGCUCUCCCUGCCGAUAAUUGGAAUUUGUAGAUAUACAAAAAGUGACCCUUUUGGAAUCUGCUUUACAGGUGGUCUUUGACUGAAAACCAUUUGUUUAGUGACUGUUGGAAGUUGCAAUCUCAUUGGAAAAAGGGAUUCAAUGACUAUUUUUCAGACUUACAACGUUUGUAGCAUUCCCAUGGUCACGUGAUUAAAAUUCAGACACUUGGCAACUGGUAUGUAUAACAACUGUCCUGCCGUCACAGGAUCCCACUCUGCAACUUUCUGACAAGCAAAGUCAAUGGGGAAGCCAGAUUCACUUAACAAACAUGUUACUAAUGCAACUGCAGUGAUUCACUUAAUAACUAUGGUGAAAAAGAUUGUAAAAUGGGGUGAAGCUCACUUAACAACUGUCUUCCUUAGUAAUGGAAAUUUUGGGCUCAGUUGGGAUUGUAAUUCGAGGCCAACCUGCAUAAGGACUAAAAAGGAGAUUUGAAUCUCCAUUUCUUCCUUGAAGAAGGAAGAAUCCAAUCCAACAGUAUCGCCCUAUUUAUUAUUUAUGGUUUAUUUCCUUGGUGACUAGAUGAGUAACACACUCUGAUCUCCACACACAUUAUAUCUUGCCAGAUUAUCAAUCCGCAUCCUGGCCUCUCUCUUUUUCAGUUUGUGUUGAUCUCCGAGUUCCUCUUCUGGAGAGCUAUAGGGGAUGUGACUUAAUAUUGCUUAGUUGCAGAAAUUGAUGAAGUUAGCCAAAAUGGUAAAAUUGACCACCUUGAUUAAAGAAAAGAACAUAAGCGCUUUUGUUUCCACAUGGAGACAGCUUCUGAACUUCGUGCUUGAUGUGGAGAAGAACUAAACUUUGACUUUGGGUUUUACUGAUUAGACUGAUUGGUCUUAAUAGAAAUCACUUGUUUAUACUAUUAGGAAAAAGUAAAAAAAUGUGAUUUGAUGUCAAUGCCUUAUUUUACUGUAACAGAGAGAGUCGGAAGUCAAUGCUUCUUUUUCUUUUUUUUUCUUAUCUUUCCUCCUUCCCCUUUCCCUGCCCACUUCUUUCCUAUUUGCUUUGUACUUUGUAUUUUAUAUUACUUUAUAACUCAAUAAAAAUGUUAUCUGAACUUAAUAUUGUUUGAAAGCAAGGAGUAUGUCUUAUGGAAUACAUCUAUGGGCACUGUAUCUUGCUCUAUAAAUUCAAGAUCAGAGGCACACUUGAUAAAGAUAUUUGUGUCAUUUGGUUAUCAUCCAGAUUUUUCUUUUAUGUACCAACAAGAGCAUCUGAGUGGAUCUCAGUGUAAAUAUAGUGCUCAAGGGCUUGCAUUACAAUGGCUGGAUUUUUAAAAAUAUCCUUGAUUGAUUGAUUGACAUGAAGUCAGAGUUG